AUAAACUACAUUAGAGUAUGACUCUUAUGUCAAAAGUAUAAGCCUCAUUUAAAAAAAAGGUUUUAAAUAAUAAUAAUGAAUCUAUUUGUUGCAAUUAUGUUUAUACUUUUACAGCCUUUAGAGGCUGUUCGACCGCAAGGAGUGACUUUACGGCAGCCCAAAUGCUGGUAUCCAGCCAAUCCAGGACCCUGCCAGGACUUUGUCAAAGUCUGGGGCUAUGAUUAUUUAACGAAUCGCUGCAUAUUCUUUUACUAUGGUGGAUGUGGCGGAAAUCCUAAUCGUUUCUAUACGAAAGAAGAUUGCUUGAAUACCUGUCGAGUUUACAGAGACCCGAAUCGCUUUAAAAGAUCAGAUGAAGAGGAUGAUGACGUCGAGGAAUUCGAGGAAGAUAUUGACGACUGGGACAAGUGGGACAAAGAUGAGUUGUAAACCUGCAUCGAAGGGUAUAGAAAAAUCGGUUUAAAAUAUAAAAGCAUUCAGCUUUUGAUUCUUUGAGCAAA